UGUGUUUAACUCAUGCACCAUGGCAGAAAUAGUCCUUUGAUUACACAUGUUUGCAUAAUUGGCUGUGUUGAUGAGGGUUCAUAAGCCCUGGUGGCCCAAACCUUUGCAGUUCCUCCAGCCGGCAUGGCAGGGGCAGCCAUGGAGGACUUCAAGGUGCAGAGUGUGCUGGUGACAGGAGCUGACCGGGGGAUUGGCCUGGGCUUGGUCUGGCAGUUCAUGAACUUGCCGCAUCCUCCUCGCCUCCUCUUUGCCACCUGCCGGCAUCCGGAUGGACCCAAAGGGCAGGCACUAAAGGACUUGGCUCUUGGGCCACCAAAAGGGUCAACUCUGGUUCUACUCCAACUGGAUGUUACUGAUCCUCAGAGCAUCAAGGAAGCUGCCAAGAAAGCAGAGGAGCACCUGGAGGGACGUGGCCUCAAUCUGCUCGUCAACAAUGCAGGCAUUGCUUGUGACACCACCCUGGACUCGGAGACGGCCCAGACCAUGAUGACCGUCUAUGCCACCAACACCGUUGGGCCCCUGCGAGUCAGCCAGGCUUUCUGCCCCUUGCUCAAGAGGGCUGCCCUGAGGAACUGCGGAGGGAUGAGGUGCAGCAAAGCGGCCAUCGUCAACAUCUCCAGCAGCUACGGCUCCCUCUCCGCCCUCGAGGGGUGGCAGUGGAAGCAAGACGUCGGCUACCGCUGCAGCAAGGCGGCUUUGAAUAUGCUCACCAGAUGCCAGGCACGAGGCUAUGGCUGUUGGGGGAUCCUGUGCGUUUCGAUCCAUCCUGGGGAUGUGAAAACUGGCCUGGAUGUGGAGCAGGAAGUCCUGAGCGUGGCCUCCAGCACGCAAGCCAUCCUUCAGGUGCUCGCCAGGCUCUCUGCCAGCGACAACGGCAGCUUUUUGGACUGGCGAGGGGAAGUGGUCCCUUGGUGAGAAGACGGUCCCACCCACCACCCCCCUCCACACCCAUCUGGAGUUGGUGGGGAAGGCGGUGCAGCCGCACCCAGAAAGGGAGGGGGCACCAUCCGUGGGGGGCUCCAGCACUGAUACCUGCCAAUUAAAGGGUCUCUGGAU